AUGACUCCGGACAAGAACGACAGCUCUCCGAUCCCUGGCCAGGGCAGCCAAAGACCUCGAGCAGGCUCUGAGCAUGAAAGUGUGCGAUCCAUGGUGCGAAUUCUCGAGAGAAGGGCAUCCGAGGCGUCGGAGCAUGCCGCCGCCGCUCAACACGUCCGCCAAGUGAGCGCGCAACACGCUCUGGUCGCCGUGCCUGCAAGCCCCGUCCAGACUCAGCUCCCUGCUGAGCCUGUGCCUGGAUCCGACGAAAAGCAGGUCGUCCAACCAGAAAUCCAACAGGCCACCCCUGCUUACAGCGGAGGUGAGCCGUCACCCAGCUCGCCCAGCCGCCAGUCGGUCGAUAGCUCCCGCAGCAAGGUCAACCUGGAGCCACGGCAAACCGGCGACGCCAUUGCGCAAGAGGAAGCAUCAAUCGGAGUGACGGACCACUACGGGCCGGACCCGUUCGGGCUGGCGGCGCUCAAGAACGAAGCCGUGUCGCGGCCAGAGAUCCGGGCGACGCGCGGGCUGUGGCAGCGGUCGCGGGCGCGCAAGGUCGAGUCGUUCUACGAGAAGCAGAACGAGCUGAUCGACGAGCUGCUGCAGAGCGCCGACGAGGAGCGGCUGCACGAGGAGGACCAGACCAAGAACGGCGGCAAGGUCAAGUUCGCCGUCAACGCCUCCUUCGUCGUCAACUUCUGCCUGUUCUGCAUCCAGCUGUUCGCCGCCGUCAGCACCGGCUCGCUGUCGCUGUUCGCCACGGCCGCCGACGCCUUCAUGGACCUGGUGUCGUCGAUUGUCAUGCUGAUCACGUCGCGCCUGGCCAACAAGCCCAACCCGGUCAAGUACCCCGUGGGCCGCCGCCGCAUCGAGACGGUCGGCAUCAUCCUGUUCUGCGCGCUGAUGACGACCGUCGCCGUGCAGCUGAUUGUCGAGUCGGCGCGCGCGCUGGGCGAGGGCGAGCGCACCGACGGCCACCUGAAGAUUGUGCCGCUGGUGUGCGUCGCUCUUGCCAUCGGCGCCAAGUUCUGCCUGUUCUGCUACUGCUACGUCUACCGCCGCUACCCCGCCGCCCACGUCUUCUUCAUCGACCACCGCAACGACCUCGUCGUCAAUGUCUUCGGCCUGACUAUGUCCAUCGUCGGCGAGCGCCUGGUCUGGUACCUCGACCCCGUCGGUGCCAUGUGCAUCGGCCUGCUCAUCCUCUUCUCCUGGGUCUCGCAGGCCUUCGACCAGGUCUGGCUGCUUGUCGGCAAGUCGGCUUCGCGCGAGUUUAUCAACAAGGUCAUCUACGUGACCAUGACCCACGACCCCCGCAUCAGCAAGGUCGACACGUGCCGCGCCUACCACGCCGGUGAGCGUCUCUACGUCGAAGUCGACAUCGUCAUGGACCCGGAGAUCUGCCUGCGCGAUUCGCACGAUGUCAGCCAGACGCUGCAGCGCAAGCUCGAAGGCCUGGCCGAUGUCGAGCGCGCCUUUGUCCACGUCGACUACGAGCACGACCACAGCGUGCACGACGAGCACAAGCCCCUCUACGAACACCGGGAGCCGCGCACCUUUAAGCAGAUGCUCGCUGGCCUGAUCCGCGGCGAUUGA